UUGUUCGGCAUGGGGACUAGCUUUAGCUGAUGCUAGUUAAAGGUUAGCUAACAACAUAAAGAGGUCUAAACUUCUUUUGCAUGAAUAUAAACCCGUUUAACCUUUCAUCACACAUCUGAGAGUCUGUCAAAUCCGCAAUGAGCAAGAGGAAAGCGCCGCAGGAAUCCCUAAAUGAGGGAAUAACAGACUUUCUUGUCGAGCUGGCCAACUACGAGAAGAAUGUCAACAGGGCAAUACAUAAGUACAAUGCAUACAGGAAAGCAGCGUCUACCAUCGCCAAGUACCCUAACAAGAUCAAAAGUGGGGAAGAGGCGAAGAAACUGGAUGGUGUUGGAGCUAAAAUAGCAGAAAAGAUUGAUGAGUUCCUGCAAACUGGGAAACUAAGGAAGCUGGAAAAGAUUCGAAAUGAUGACACUAGCUCUUCCAUCAAUUUCCUCACCAGAGUUACUGGAAUAGGUCCUGCUGCUGCCAGGAAGUUUUUUGACGAAGGCGUGAAGACCUUAGAAGAUUUGAAAAAGAUCGAGCACAAGCUGAACCAUCAUCAGCAGAUUGGACUCAAGUACUUUGAAGAAUUUGAAAAGAGGAUUCCAAGAGCUGAAAUGGAACAGAUGGAGACUCUGAUUCUUGGAGAGUUGGAGAAAAUUGAUACAGACUAUAUUGGAACAAUCUGUGGAAGCUACAGGAGAGGUGCAGCAUCGAGUGGUGAUAUUGAUAUUUUGCUGACCCACCCAAACUACACCUCUCAAACUGAGAAGCAGCCCAAGCUGCUCCAUGCUGUGGUCGACCAUUUGGAGUCCAUUGGGUUUGUGACCGACACACUGUCUAAAGGAGACACUAAGUUCAUGGGAGUUUGUCAGCUGCAGCAGGGUGAUGAAGAUGAGGAAGAAUACCUCCACAGGCGUAUUGAUAUUAGGUUAAUUCCCAAGGACCAGUACUACUGUGGAGUUCUGUAUUUCACUGGAAGUGAUAUCUUCAAUAAAAAUAUGAGAACUCAUGCCCUGGAGAAGGGCUUCACGCUGAACGAGUACACCAUACGACCACUUGGAGUCACUGGUGUGGCAGGGGAGCCUCUGUUGGUGGAUAGUGAGAGAGACAUCUUUGAGUACAUCCAUUACAAAUACAGAGAGCCGAAGGAUCGCAGCGAGUGAAGCAAAGAACAGCUUGUAGUUACAUCUGUAUUUAAAGCUACAGCUUUCUUGCGAACAAGAUCUAAAUAAAUGUGUGGGCUUGUGUUAUACGUUUUCGCCAUUCUCCUAUGGUAAUGAAAAGAAACAACUGUGGCAAUCAUUUUAAGUGUUUGUUUUGGACAUUUUACAUCUUAAGUUGAAGCCAUCUCCACCAGUGACUGGAUAAGACAAUGAUUUAGCUUUUACCUUAGACUUAAAUCUACAUACCCACGUGUCUUUGAAAAGGACUUUUUGACCCCAUUUUUAAGCAAGUUUGUAAAUCAUGCUCAGUAGUUAUUUAUAUUUUAUCUCACUAUUAAGCUUCAUCUUUGUGUCAAAAAAGGAUUAGAACGUGGGAGGAAUAAUUUUUAUGUGAAUUGACUUCUGUUACGAACGUUGUGCAUGAAUAGUGAGGAAUACUAUCAUCAAGGCAUUUUCUUUGAAAGUGGCAGUCUUUAAUACUUUGCCUUAUUAUUGUAAUUACUGUAUUUUUCUGUAAAAUAUUUUUCAUCAUGCAGCAUUUUCCCUCUAAUUUGGGUACCCUGGUAAAAUGGAAAUACUACAGUGAUACAAACUAUUUGUGAUUGUGUUCAGUUUCUGGUUAUGGACACUAGUUUUUGGGACAAAACUGCCAUUUGACUGUUGACGAUUGAGCAUGUAUGUUUUCCUCCAGUGCUACUUAAUGAGUGAAUGUACUGGUAGACUUGAUGAAGCUAUUUUACGUGGUUGUGUGAAAAUGUAGACAUGCGGUGAUAGUUCAGGACAUUAUUGUAUCUGCAGUCCUUUUCAAAGGGGGCUUUUCAAAAGCAGUAGAUAAAAGUAACUGAAAUAUUGCUAAGUGUAAAACUUGAGUAUUUGGAUUAGAAGUUUCCUUUAGUUAUGUAGGUGAAUGGUUACAGAUGUCAGAAAAUAUUUAAGAAUAAAAAGGAAAUCUGA